GCUCUUAAUCGUACGGCAGAAACAGCACCGUCAGCCAACAAGACGAGCAGGAAUUAACCUGGACGAAGCAAUAGCAAAUGUGUACUAACGGGUAAUUCCUGCUAGCGACUGGAGUAGCAAAUGCAUGAACGACAGUCACAGUAAUAUUUGACAAUUGACACAUUGUUCUUACCGCAUGCGGCCGCUGUUCAAAAAAACGGUUAUGGCCUGGAGAAUUGUGGUAAGGUGCGGACCCUUAGCAAAUUGAAGCUUCCUCUGUGGAACGGUUGUGAUUGUACAGUGAUAGUAUCUUGAAGGAUAGCGAACGGAUUAUACGAAAUGAAGCAGUUUGGAUGCAUGAGAUAAACAAUUACGAAAGGACACAAUACAUUGACUGAUUAAUUUCGUGUAUAAGGAUCACGGAGUUCUCGUGUGGUGACGAAUGUGUAGAUGCGGACAUAACAAUAAACAGAACGAAAUACCUGUGAACCGUAAUUGAUUACCGUAAUUAACUGAAAAUAAAUAGAUUCAAUUUAGUCAUUGCAAUGGUGUCAUCGACGUGAACUAAGGAAUCACCGUUAAGUGGCUUGUAAAAGCGAUUACAGAUCAAACAAAAUCCCUGUUCGAUUUUCUACGCUAAUUUAAUGAUAAAAGUAUACCCAUUAAGGGGUCUAGCUUAGGCCAGUGUGCGUGUGUAGAGUUCUCUGUUCGGUAUCUCAUCAUGGAGGCAAUACGACAAACAUUUGCUGGCCUUAGCGCGAUUCAGAAGACGGCUGCAAUGGUACUGGUAGCAAUAUUCGCUUCAUAUUUGUGUCUCUUCGCACACCGUUAUUAUCGAAUAUGGAAAACGCUUAGGAAUAUGCCUGGUCCUUUUUCUCGGGGAUUGGCGGGCUACAUACCGCCAGCAUAUAAUAUAUUCUGUUUAGUUCUACAACAUACGUAUGCUGAAUUCCUCGAGACUUCGACAGGGGUGUUUCAGCUGCUAAACGGCCUGUGUCAUUGGUUUGAACGGGACAGGAUAUUUAAGGUCUAUUUGGGUUUUCAACCGGCAGUUUUGGUUUACAAACCUGAAGCUGUAGAAGCUGUUCUCAAUCACUCGACCAACUUAAAAAAACCCGUCCUUUAUUCGCUGCUCAACUCUUGGCUUGGAACUGGGCUGUUAACAAGCUGGGGCAGCAAAUGGCGUUGCCGCCGAAAGAUGCUUACCCCUGCCUUUCACUUUCGAAUCCUAGAAGAUUUUCUCCCUGUUAUGAACGAGCAGGCGGAAGUUUUCGUGCAAUGUCUCAACAGGAAAGCCGAUACAAGCUUUGACAUCGUACCCAUGAUCACCAAAUGUACACUGGAUAUCAUUUGCGAAACUGCAAUGGGUGUCAGAAUCGGUGCUCAGACCGGAUCAAACGCUGCUUAUGUCCAUGACGUCUAUGCUGUGGGUCGAUUUUUUCUGGAACGAAUCGUCAGACCAUGGCUUUAUCCGGAUUUCCUAUACCUGAUGACACAAGAAGGCAGAGCAUUUGACCGCCAUGUUAAAGGAAUACACGCCUUUACCAAAGGCGUAAUCAGAGAAAGGAAAGCGAAGAAACUUCUAGAUCGGAGUGUGGGCGGUUCGGACUUCAAAAAACGUUUAGCUUUCCUAGACCUACUUUUGGACGAACACCUAAAAAAUCCGCAACUUUUGCCAGAAGAAGAUAUUCGCGAGGAAGUGGAUACGUUCAUGUUCGAGGGUCAUGAUACAACAGCGAUGGCUUUAUCCUGGACUAUUUUUCUUCUUGGCCACAAUCCCGAAGCACAGCGCAAGUGUCAGGAAGAACUGGAUCUCAUUUUCACCAAAGACGGACACACGGGUAACAAUAAGAACGAUGAGGACAGACGGCCUGCGACCGUGGAUGAUUUACGUGAGAUGAAAUAUCUCGAAUGUUGUAUUAAGGAAGCUUUGCGUCUUUUUCCUUCUGUACCGAUUAUUGGACGAGAAGUUCAUACGACUUUCGAUGUCAGUAACUAUCGGAUACCCCUGGGAAGCGUAGUAUUGGUGUUUUCUUAUGCUCUUCAUCGGGACAGCGCAACGUUUCCUAAACCAGAGGAGUUCGUACCCGAGCGAUUUCUUCCUGAGAAUAUGACUGGCAGACAUCCGUUUGCCUAUAUUCCGUUCUCAGCAGGACCUAGAAAUUGUAUAGGUCAACGUUUUGCACUAAUGGAGGAAAAAGUUGUUUUGUCAAGGCUACUGCGCGAUUUCUCAAUUCGGUCAUUAGUUGGAAUCGACAAACUUGAAAUCUCUGCGGAAAUGGUUCUCAGAUCGAGAAAUGGAAUGCCAGUGACUAUUACUCGAAGGAACCAGAACAUGAGAAAGUAGUAAUAGAAAUUACAAAUAAAUGAAGUCGCCUUAAGUGAAUUUAGUGACUAAGCAAGUUUUCAUAAAAUAAUUAUUCCUAACACGAUAUUUUUUGAUACAUAUGUUUUUCUGGAGUAACUUUUGAUUUGUCAAAAAAAAACACUAGACACAUCGUUUGACUCUAACCCCCUAUCAGCUGCUGCUCCAUACGGCUAUCCCUAUAUCCAACAUCCCUCUAUUAUAUUAUACAGAAUUUCUCGCCUAAGCUAUUAUAUAAAAUUCUGUAUAUGAGGUAACGGAAUUAUAGAGUAAAGCCAGUAUGAAGAGCAACCGACUCCAAAGUCACUUGGUAUUGUUGGGCAAAUUCCUUAACUUACUCAUUGGUAAAUAUACUUGGACCAAUUGUAACAAUCGCUAUGGAUAUUUACCAAACGCAACAGAUAUUCUGUUCAUUCAGUUAAUCGAAAUGAAACUUGUAAAAAUAACAACAAGUUCGUAAUUAGCACUGCAUGGGUACUUUUUAAACUAUCAUAUUAUAAUAGAAUCACUUAUACCAUGGUAUUGUUACUUGUGAAUGUUAUUGAAAAAAAUUGGUUAUUUAUUUAGCGGCGUUAUGUUAGAAUUUUUCAUGUCAGAAUAUUUGCAGCAUAUAAGGCUAACAUUCGGACAUUUUUGUUGUUGUCAUUCAUUUUUCAAGAUUUGUUCAUCUAGUUUACUGUUAAUACGUUCACUGAAAUUAUAAAACACAAACUGUGGUUGUUUCAGAAAACCUGCCUUUGCUCUGCUUAUCUUACUAUUUCGAAUAAAUAUCCUAAGUAGUUACGAG